UAUACCUCUCUCUCUCGAUGAAAAUUAAGGGAUAGUUAUGUAUUUUGGUUUGAUGCAUAUGGCGCCAUAAUUUUAAUUUUGCUCAUAAUUAAUCCUUUUUCGAAAAUUAAAUUCAAUUCUUUCUCUGCAUGUAUGGCAUAUAUAUGUAUAUAUAUACAUAUAAGGUGAAUGACGUUCAAUAAUAUAUAUGUAUAUCUAAACAUAUAUUCUUUUACAGGGGACAAUAAUGGAGCUCGAUGUGGACCUACAGUGCUCAAAAUGCUACAAAAAGGUCAAAAAACUUCUCUGCAAAUUUCCUGAAAUACGAGAUCAGGAGUAUGAUGAGAAGGCAAACUAGGUGAAAAUCAAGGUGGUGUGCUGCUCACCGGAGAAGAUCAGGGAUAAAUUACGCUGCAAGGGCGGUCGUUCCAUCAAGAAGAUUGUGAUCAAAGUGCCAGAAAAGCCUAAGCCUCCAGAGGAGAAAAAGAAGGAACCUUCAGAUAAGAAAAAGGAACCACCAAAGAAAGAGGAGAAGAAAGAGGAGGAUGUGAAGCUUCAGGUUAUUCUUCCUUCGGGGUUUUGUUGGGGUCCAUAUGGAUAUUAUGGGAGACCGGUUUGCGACUGUUUGGGUUGGGGUUGCUACAGAUGCGGUUGCGUUAAUUACUGUACUGAAGAAAAUCAAAUUUUGUGCACAAUCAUGUAAACAUGUCAUUGCCUGCUUCAUCAUCUUCAACCUACUGGACUGGACUCCGUGCGUUUAAUUAUAUGCAUGUGUCUUAAUUUUGCUUUCCUCUAUCAAGUACUACUAUUUUUUUUUUCUCUGCCUACUUAGUUCUUAAUUAAGAAAAAGAACAAUGAGAUCAGUGUGUUCUGUGAAUUUUAUAUAUAUAUAUAUGUAUGAUGCACGGGAUAAAUUUGUUUAUAACCAGAAAUGUAUGUUACUUUUAUUUCUUAAUUAAGAAUUGUCAGAGUG